AUGCUGUGGAUCCUGGUGUUGGUGAUUUCUCUCAGUGUGAGCAGUGAGCUAGUAGCUGGUCAGAGAGAUGGAGAAAUCAUCAAUCAGAUCAAGGGAACAAAUCAAGCUCUGGCUGAGAUCAAAGAACUGCUGAAACAACAGAUCCAAGAGAUUGUGUUCCUGAAGAACACAGUGAUGGAGUGUGAAGCCUGUGGCAUGCAAGGUCCCCCUCGCCCCUCCUGUGACCCUAACCCCUGCCACCCGGGGGUAAAGUGCAUUGAAACAGCUGGCGGCACCAAGUGUGGCCCCUGCCCUGAGGGCAUGGUGGGCAACAGUACCCGAUGCAUGGAUGUGGACGAGUGUGUGGUGAAGCCUUGCCACAUGGGUGUGCGCUGCAUAAACACGUCCCCAGGCUUCCGCUGUGGCCCCUGUCCAACUGGCUACACUGGCCCUCAGGUGCAGGGAGUAAGCCUCUCCUACGCCACUAAAAACAAACAGGUCUGCAAGGACAUCAAUGAGUGCGAAGGACCCAAGAAUGGAGGUUGUGUGGAAAAUUCAAAUUGUGUAAACACACCUGGCUCGUUUAGGUGUGGCCUCUGUAAGGCAGGCUAUGUUGGGGAUCAGCGCAAGGGCUGUAAGCCUGAGAGAGCAUGUGGUAAUGGCCAGCCCAACCCCUGCCAUGCCAGCGGAGAGUGUAUUGUCCAACGAGAUGGGAAAAUAGAGUGUCAGUGUGGGGUGGGAUGGGCUGGCAAUGGCUACUUCUGCGGAUCUGAUAUUGACAUUGAUGGCUUCCCUGAUGAGAAACUGGAAUGCGCCGAGAGGAACUGUGCCAAGGAUAACUGUCAAACGGUACCCAACUCUGGCCAAGAGGACGCAGACAAGGAUGGUAUAGGAGAUGCCUGCGAUGAGGAUGCAGAUGGGGAUGGAAUCUUAAAUACACAGGACAACUGUGUGCUGGUACCAAACGUCAACCAAAGAAAUGUGGACGAAGACGACUUUGGAGACGCCUGUGACAACUGCCGUAUGAUCAAAAACAAUGACCAGAAAGACACUGAUAUUGAUAGACUGGGUGACGAAUGUGACGAAGACAUUGAUGGCGACGGAAUCCCAAACAACCUGGACAACUGCAAAAGGGUUCCCAAUACUGACCAGAAGGAUCGAGAUGGGGACAAAGUCGGAGAUGCCUGUGACAGUUGCCCUUACGUUCCCAACCCUGACCAGUUGGAUAUGGACAACGACUUGAUCGGAGACCCUUGUGACACCAAUAAGGACAGUGAUGGUGACGGUCACCAGGACUCUCAGGACAACUGCCCUGCGGUCAUCAACAGUGCCCAGCUGGACACGGACAAGGAUGGCCUGGGGGACGAGUGUGACAACGACGAUGACAAUGAUGGUAUUCCUGACCUUCUGCCUCCGGGACCGGACAACUGUCGCCUCAUUCCCAACCCUCUGCAGGAGGACUCUGACGGUGAUGGGGUUGGGAACCUGUGCGAGAACGACUUUGACAACGACACCAUCAUCGACAGCAUUGAUGUGUGCCCAGAGAACGCUGAGGUCACUCUCACAGACUUCAGGGCCUACCAGACAGUGGUGCUGGACCCGGAGGGAGACGCACAGAUAGACCCUAACUGGGUGGUGCUCGAUCAGGGUAGAGAGAUCGUCCAAACUAUGAACAGUGACCCUGGACUGGCUGUUGGUUACACGGCUUUCAACGGCGUUGACUUCGAAGGGACGUUCCAUGUGAAUACGGUAACAGACGACGACUACGCAGGCUUCAUCUUUGGCUACCAGGACUCUUCCUCCUUCUACGUAGUGAUGUGGAAACAAGUUGAGCAGAUCUACUGGCAGGCCAAUCCGUUUCGAGCAGUGGCAGAACCAGGGAUACAACUGAAGGCUGUAAAGUCCAACACGGGACCAGGGGAAAAUCUACGUAACUCCCUGUGGCACACCGGAGACACCAGUGACCAGGUGAAGCUGCUGUGGAAAGAUGCCCGCAACGUGGGCUGGAAGGACAAGACCUCCUACCGCUGGUUCUUGCAACACAGGCCCCAAGAUGGAUACAUCAGGGUGCGUUUCUAUGAGGGUCCUCAGCUAGUGGCAGACACAGGCAUCAUCAUAGACACCACCAUGAGAGGAGGCAGACUGGGCGUCUUUUGCUUCUCUCAGGAGAACAUCAUCUGGGCUAACCUACGCUACCGCUGCAAUGAUACAAUCCCUGGGGACUUCGAUACAUACCAAGCCCAACAGGUCCAGCUGCAGUUCUAA